CCGAUCAAGUUCCCACUUCAGGAGGCAAAUAAAGGUGGUCAAAUGCGAUCCGGAGUUACAUUUGCGCAAGAUUUUCAGUUCAGUCGAGCACAGACGCUCGUCGCGACGCUUAAAAGCGAAUAUUACGCUCUCGAAUUUCCGGUUUGGUUGGCCACGUGAGGUGCGACAACAACUUUCCCACAUUAAAAUCAUUGUCUGGAAAUUUGUUGACAAAUAGUUAAACAACAAAGGCAGGUUUUGGCUAAAUGACGGUGUUUUUACUGGGCAAAGGAGGAUUUUUUUUGUGCUUUUAAUCUGCGUGGUUUUGUGCGGCGGUUUUGAAUUGAAAGCGUUUAGGCAAAUUUAGUAAAUAUUUUUAAAGCGUCCUUAAUAUGUUUAAAAUUCAUCAAGCUGUGACUCAUUAUAACAAAAUUAAUAUUCUUUGAUUGCAGUGGUUUUGUAAAUAUUCAGCCUUGCCUGAAGAAGCCAGUCAUUAGCAUUCCGUCCAAGCAGUAGCUAUCGAACUCAGUAUGUUGAUUAUUAAUUUAAAUAGCAAAUUGUGCAGGCUUAAAUAAAUUAUACGGCAGAGCAUGUAAUGGAUAGGAUGGAUAAUCCGUUGAAGCAUUUUCACUUUUAGGAACUUUAACGAAAUUCCUAAAAGCCAGUAAAAUCACCAUUCGUUUUUCCCAUUUUUCUUAACUAAAUCACAUUUUUAAAGCGAUUUGUUCACACAAAGCACUACUAACUGCUCUAAUGUAUGCAUUCCCUCUUUAAUUACGCGCAAAAUUAUUUCCAGACUUUUAUAUAAAUAUUUUAAAAUCUAAUAAAGAAAGCGUUGCAAAGUUGCUAAGUGGAUUUGUUCAGCGAAAGCACGCUUCGGAUUAAAAGGCGAAAUUUAAAUGAAACCAAAUUAUACGCGACCUGCAUUCACAAAUUGUUCGGUGGAAGGUGAAGAACGGUUUUUUCUGUCCCUAGUUUCAAGGGACAGGUAUUUCACAUUUUCUGGCGAUUUAAAAAUAAAUUCCCAGUUUUCCAUCAAAGAGCAAUUUUCUCAUACAUUUUUUAUUUUAUUGCCUGAUCUCUAUCCGAGCCUUGUGCCAGAAAUAUAUCUGAAGAUAAAAUAUUGAAUUGUUCUGGCGCUUUCUUUGAUAGUCUUUUGCGUUUAACGCAAGACUGAAUGUAAUCUUGUAAAAUUGGUGCUAGUUUCAUGAUUCCCGAUGGAAAAGACUCUUCACCGAUGAAAACGUUGAUUUAUAUGCAAGCUAAUUUUUUUGGGAUUUUAUGCCAUAAGGAAGAUUACUUGCACUCAUUCUCGCGAAACUUUCGAUCAAGUAGCCAAAAUUGGCAAUUAUUUGAGACCUCAUUAGCAACAAAAUGUUCAAAUUAGCAGCCAAUUUUAAUUAACCAGUAGGUUCAAAUAUGCAGCAAUAAAAAGUGAGAGUAAAAUAACUCGCGAUGUGUUUUAAUAAACUGGGAAAUAGCGGCCAACAAUUUUGAUGAAAUAUUUGCGACCCGCUGCAUAAUUGAAUGGGUUUAAUUGAAUUUCCCAUCUCUAGAUCCAACUCAUCGUAAUUCAGGACAAAUUGCAAUUGGAUUAUUCACAUUGGGCUUGAAUUUCGUUGACAAUCGGGUUGAAUUUUUUUUUCGGGGAGAGUUUUAAAAAAACGAACGCGUAAACCAUGUGAAAAUGUGCAAAAUCGCAUUAGAACUUUGCAGCCGCAACUCUUAUAAUCACUUUCGCUAAUUAAUGCGUUGGAAUACUUGCCUGUGUUGGAUUCUAAUGUAAAUUUUUAUAAUGGUUAAAACAGCCGACGUGAAAUGGCCAAACUUUCACAAACAUAAAACCGGAUUUUAAAAAUGUUGUGCAAGUUGAAGUUGAAUGGUUGCUGCUGCUGGCGCUGGAGCAGCAGCAAAUCGGAAGAUUUAUCUGAUGAUGAUCGGAAAGACAGUAGUCGAAACGCGGAUGUUAAGGAAGAAAUUGAAGAUGUCUGGAAUGACGAAGAAUGGGACAAAGACGGAAAUCCACGGAACAAAGUGGCUCUUCAGCCUGGACGCUCUCUUAUCGACUGGAUCCGAUUGGGAACUUCUGGAAAGGACCUGACAGGCCUGGGAUCCAUAGCUGGCACUUUAUCAAUCACCAAACAGGAACUCGCGAAGCAUAACCAAAAGAACGACGCCUGGACUGCGAUCCGCGGAAGAGUUUAUAACAUUACUGAGUAUUUUUCCUUCCAUCCAGGAGGCGAAGAAGAACUGAUGAAAGGAGCGGGAGUGGAUGCAACAGCGUUAUUUGACCAGAUUCAUCCAUGGGUGAAUUAUGAGCAAAUCCUGCAGAAAUGCCUGGUUGGGAGAUUGGUGGCGAUUAAUCCCAAUAUUGAUACAGAAGCGCUGUUUUUCGGGGAAAAGCGUCCUUCGUCGUUAAAGUCCAGCAACAGUAGCCUGGAGGAACCAGCUGGAAAACCUUUCGGAGUCUCGGCAGAGAAACAGCAGCUGUUGAAACCUCCGUCCAUGCCUACAGCGUUACCCCGCUUCGAUUGGAUUCAAAAGCUGGAUUUUAUUACGAUCAUAUUUUACACCAAAGCCUUUUCCAAUCCUCUGGUGGAAAUCAAUCCACCGUUUAACGACCAAACAGUUUUAAUAUGCCUGAUCUAUGAUGGCAUUGUUUUCAAGAACGAGCUGGUUUUUCACGAGAAAAUUCGGUGGCCCUGCGAUGUGAAUGUAACUAUUGAAACUGGCAAAGUGGAGUUUGUCUUUAAAAAAACUAGCAGUGGAAUAUGGGAGAAUUACGGCGUGCUGACGCAGCGCUCCAAAUCGGCAAAUGCCGCAUUAUCAGCACAAGUCAAAACUGGUUACGUGUUGAAAAGGAAAAUGUCCGUAAAUCACAAUACGUGGCUCCUGCAGUUUGAGAGACAGGACAGGAAGAAAACUUUAAUUCCCAUUGGGAAACAUGUUCGUGUGUUUGGAACAGUCAAUGGCGAGGAAAUUUCCAGAUCUUACACACCAGUGCCUGAUAAUUUAUUGGAUAAAUUUGUGCCAUCCAGUACCGUGGGAGAGGGGGUUUGCUUGAUGGUCAAGCGGUAUCCCGAAGGAAGGAUUAGUCGUUUUAUAACCGACCAAAAAUCGGAAGACAAAGUCCAAUUCAGCAAGCCGCUGGGCGCGAUGGAUCUGAAGACAAUCGAAAGGCGAGAAACGUUUCUGUUAUUGGCUGCUGGCACCGGAAUAACGCCGAUGUUGGGAUUAAUUAUGUUUUUGCUAGAAAGGCGGAUAAAGAAGUGUCAGUUUCUCCGACUGCUUUUCUUCAAUAAAACCGAAGCUGAUAUUCCAUUGAAGAGGCAACUAGAAGAACUGGAAGAACUUGAUAAGAGAUUUAAAAUGGAUAAUGUGUUAUCGCAAGCAGCUGAAUCGUGGAGAGGACACCGCGGGCACAUAAACGCUAGUCUUGUGCAAAAUUCCCUACAAGAGCACUUAAAAGACACGGGAUAUACGAUAAAGGACAUAUUCUGCUUCAUUUGCGGCCCGCCAGUGUUCAACCAGCUGGCCGUAGAGGAAUUGGAUAAAUUGUCCAUAGGAGAGAGCCAGAUUUUUGUUUUCGAUGGAUAGCAGCGGCAGUUGACCACUACAUGAAGCCCUACGAAGACAGAGACGAAGAUUCGUUUCUAGUAGAGGCUUUUGUGUACAGGCUAAUUAAUUUCCUAGCUAAGCACCAAAUUUAUCGAUGAUAUUUUUCUACAAAUAGGCUUAAAAGACACUGUAGCAUAAUGAAAUCAUAUCAGAAACCAUUUAAAGCCAAAGCUGAUAUGUUGUGUUAAAUUUACUGUUUUAAUCUGGAAGUUUUGCUCCGAUUAUUUUGUUAUUAAAAACUAAAUUUUAGUCAUAUGUUCUGCUUAUAGCCGCCCUUAAUCCUACCACUAUCUGCUUAUCGUUCAGUUAUUCUUAGCUUCAAAUCAAUCCAAGAAACGGGGGAAGUCCACGAUUUCAGGCAUUCUCCGAAGACAGACUUGCAUAGACGAUAAACCUUUUCAUCACUUAAUUUGCUGCACAUCCUUAAAAGUAAAGUCAACAUUAAUUAAGCGUGUGGUUUUACGAAAUUGUGCCACUCAAAGUCCAAUUAAGAAUUAUUUGGGGAAUUUUCGCUUCCAGGCAAGUUCCACUUACGUUUCAUUCGCAGAAGGGCUAUGAAUAUCUCGGAUAAUACCGAACAACAAGUGAAAAACAAAACUACGCAAGUGAUAACCAGAAUAUGAGCCAAAUAUUUCAUGGUCAGAGAUGAAAAUGUCAACUAGACAAUGUACAGCUUUGUGGAGGAUGAAAAACUGAGCUUUUCCUCAAAUUAGGACAAAAACCCAAGUUUUCACUGGCGAAAACCUUGGGGUGGAAAAUUAGUGCUUGGAUCAUCUACAUAGAACCAGAUGCGGUACUACUAAAUAUUUAAAGAUUAUUCUUGAACUUGAAUGUGGGUACUUACCAAGCAUUUAACUGCGAAGCAGAAGUCACAAAAAUGAAGGCAAAAACCGAAUCAAAACUAUCAAAAAGAGUAGCACAAACCCACAGUAACGUUGGCUUAAGCAAAAAUUUCGAUGCGAGUCACAGAUUUCCAGAAAGUGACCUCAGCAUGUGAUCAAAGUUUGUCCGUUUAUGUAUAAAUAAACAGGCUCUUAAUAGGUUCUUAACAGUGAUAGUGCGACUAGUAGCGGUUCACAAUUGUCUUAGCAUUGUCCGCAAAGAAAUUACCAUGAA